AUGAUAUUGAAGGAAGGAUCGUUUCUGUGGUAUCUCUAUCUAGACAAAAUAUACUGCUUACUAUCUGUGAGAAACGUGAAGGCCUUGGUGGACUAUUUCCAUAUACUUGAUGUGCACCACAAGAACACCUUGAAUGAUGUGCUGUUCUAUCACUUCCUUCAUCAUGUGACUAACUUGAACAGGACACAGAUCAUGAUUUUGUUUGACAUACUGGACUGGAAUGCUGUGGGUGAAAUUGGCUUUGACCAGUUCUACAUGUUGGUUUGCAUUCUGCUCUCACACCAGGACCAUUUGGAAGGGCAAUUUAUGUAUCGCCAUUCCCGGCCUGUUUUUGACCUGCUUGACCUAGAUGGGGAUCAGAAAAUCGGUGUAGACAACUUCCAUAUGUUCAGAUUUCUCUUUAAUAUUAAUAAACAGGAACUCAGAGAGCUCUUCCAUGACUUUGACAUCACAGGUGACCGCCGUCUUAAUUACAAGGAAUUUAAGCUGUAUACUAUCUUCUCCUUUGACAAAUCUCAGGAGAGGCAGAAAGCAGCAAAAGAAAAAGAGAAAUCUCUGCUCAUACAGAAAAUAUAUGGCCACUAA